CAUAAUAAAUUUGCUAGCCUUUGAGGUGCCACAACACUCUCUGCAGUUUUCAUUGCAGACCAACACAGCUGCCCCUCUGGAAAAUCAUUGUCCUAGGUGCUCAGUAUAUAAAUAAGCAAGCAAAGGGAGACUUCACUGACUUUCUAUUCCUGCUCCUUCACCACACCACAUGCUCCUGUGUUUCUAAACUGGAGUGCAACCUUUCCAUUUUGUCCUUGUCCCUAAGUGGCCUUUGCGCUGCCCCAAAGUCCCUUCUGGGAUGCUGGCUAUGCUAAUUGCUUGACUUUGGGGGAUGGGGUGGGAUCUAUACCUUCCAGCCCUUGGACAAGCCCUGCAUUCAACAACCCACCCACUCAAAGCCAGGCCUCCCAGGUAGCACAGAAGGCCCUGCUCUCAUUCCUUCAGCCUGGAGAAAUGCUCUUCACCACUUUCCAAGAUCAACAUUCAAUGGUCGUUCCUCUUGCCUGAGAAAUUUGGAAGUCUUUACAAUGGAAUAAUACCUGGCUACCCCCAGCCUUGGGGAAGUCUGCCUUCAGAAAGCUCCUUUUCGCUACCCACCCUGGAGUCCUCUAAGCAGGUGCUUGAAGCCAGCCAGCCUGUGGCCACGGUUUGCGCUGUCCCUGGGGGAAACCUACAUGCCUGCUAGGAAGUAGCAUGCAGCAUUGAGGGCUGUCCCUCCUGGCUGUCAACAACCUAGCUGGCACCCUGAGGAAGUUUCUUGGUGCCAGACAGGCCCACCUCCCUGGCGAUGAAGCAAUUAGGGGCUGUUGCUUCUCUUUUAAAAGCACCCAGCCCAACUCGCUCCCUUCAUUCAACGCAGAGGGAGGGCAUCUGCGGAGUCCUCGCUCACCCACCCGCACUGCUAUGGAGUGGGCUUCAAAACUGAUGGUUUUCUGUGCUAUCUGCCUUUCCUUCACACUUGAUGCCUCCAGAGAAACAAAAGAGCAAAGCAAGGGAGCUAAAGGAAAGAAGAGAGGAUCAGCAAAAGCCAAGGUUCAGCACCUGAAGGCUCAGGAAUCCUCACCUGACCCGGUGCUGAGAGUAAACCCAGAGGCUUCCACAGACUACACCCUUGUGGAGGAUUACGAGCGGAGCAUCCAUGAGAUGGUUAGCCAGCUGAGGAACAGCUCCGAGCCCCCGGAGAGCAAAUGCCAGGUCAACCUGAGGCUCUGGAUGUCCAACAAAAGGAGUCUGUCUCCGUGGGCCUACAGGAUCAACCACGACGCAGCACGAAUCCCAGCCAACAUCCCAGAGGCACACUGCCUGUGUGCUGGGUGCAUCAAUCCCUUCACCAUGCAGGAAGACCGCACCAUGGUCAGCAUCCCCAUUCACAGCAAAAUCCCAGUGCGCCGACUGCUGUGUGAGCCAAGCAACCCCAGCCGGAAGAAGAAGAGGUGCCGCAAGGAGUACAAGACCGUGAUGGAGACCGUUGCUGUGGGCUGCACUUGCAUCUUCUGAGAACCCCCAGAAAGCAGAGCAGCUAUUCCUGCUU